GCACAUGCGCGAAAAAGCGGGCCAGAUCUGGUCACACUGGUGGUAAGUUUCAUUAAUGUUUACCAGCGAAGAAAUCUGAUAACAUCGCCCACUUUUGUUUCGUUGAACGGCCAAACGGGAAGUGAAAUAUCAUUUACGGUGCUUGCUCGCUCUCGAGUCUGCCAUUAGUUUUCUGCUUAGCGAUAGUUUAUUUCAGUUAUUUUUGUUGCAAACAAAGCUGUCGGCGGACGCGACGUAUCGAAUGUUCCUAUAGAUUUGUCGUAUGUAACAUGGACGCUCGAACAUCUCCAUCGAGAACGUAAGAUUAUUAGAUUUAUUGAAUCGACGAAAAGAGGAAAAAAAUCGCCAAAAUGUAUUUAUACAAUCUGACUCUUCAACGUGCGACUGGCAUCACGCAUGCGGUGCAUGGCAAUUUCUCCGGCAGCAAGAUGCAAGAGAUAUUAGUGUCACGUGGCAAAUCCCUGGAGUUACUGCGACCGGAUCCCAAUACAGGAAAGGUUCAUACUUUGCUGACUGUUGAAGUGUUUGGAAUCAUUAGAUCUCUUAUGGCAUUUAGAUUAACUGGCAGUACAAAAGAUUAUAUGGUUAUUGGAUCAGAUUCUGGUCGUAUAGUAAUUUUGGAAUAUAUUCCUGUUAAAAAUAUCUUUGAGAAGGUUCACCAAGAAACUUUUGGUAAAAGUGGUUGUAGACGUAUUGUUCCUGGCCAAUAUCUUGCCAUUGAUCCAAAAGGAAGAGCUGUUAUGAUAGGUGCUAUUGAGAAGCAAAAACUUGUGUACAUUUUGAACAGAGAUGCUGAAGCUCGUCUAACAGUUUCCUCUCCAUUAGAAGCUCAUAAGAGUAAUACUUUGGUUUAUCACACAGUUGGUGUUGAUGUAGGCUUUGAAAAUCCCAUGUUUGCAUGUCUAGAAAUUGAUUACGAGGAAGCUGACAGUGAUCCCACAGGCGACGCAGCAGUAAAAACGCAACAAACCUUAACACUAUAUGAACUUGAUCUUGGUCUUAAUCAUGUAGUACGAAAGUAUAGUGAACCGCUGGAGGAGCACGCAAACUUUCUUGUUUCGGUUCCUGGUGGAAAUGAUGGUCCUAGUGGCGUGCUUAUCUGUUCUGAAAAUUACCUUACUUACAAGAAUUUGGGUGAUCAACAUGAUAUUCGAUGCCCAAUACCACGUCGACGUAAUGACUUGGACGAUCCGGAGAGAGGAAUGAUAUUUGUAUGUUCGGCCACACAUAAGACAAAAAGCAUGUUCUUCUUCCUUGCGCAAACUGAGCAAGGUGACAUCUUUAAGAUUACCCUCGAGACGGACGAGGAUAUGGUCACUGAAAUUAAGCUCAAGUAUUUCGAUACGGUUCCUGUAGCGGCUAGCAUGUGUGUGUUGAAAACUGGAUUUCUGUUUGUGGCUUCGGAAUUUGGCAACCAUUAUCUAUAUCAGAUAGCGCAUCUCGGCGAUGACGAUGACGAGCCCGAAUUCAGUUCGGCGAUGCCCCUGGAGGAAGGCGAUACAUUUUUCUUUGCUCCGCGACCUCUUCGAAAUCUUGUACUAGUUGAUGAAAUGGACAGUCUUUCGCCUAUAAUGGCUUGCCAGGUGGCAGAUCUGGCAAACGAAGAUACGCCUCAAUUGUACAUCGCCUGCGGUCGUGGUCCGCGAUCUACUUUGCGAGUAUUGCGCCAUGGUCUCGAAGUAUCCGAGAUGGCUGUAAGCGAACUUCCUGGCAAUCCAAACGCUGUAUGGACUGUGAAAAGGAGAGUCGAUGAGGAGUAUGAUGCAUACAUCAUAGUGUCCUUCGUGAAUGCCACGCUUGUACUCAGUAUUGGGGAAACUGUCGAAGAAGUGACGGACUCGGGUUUUCUCGGUACGACCCCGACCUUAAGUUGUUCCGCCUUAGGUGAAGACGCAUUGGUGCAGGUAUAUCCCGACGGUAUACGUCACAUCAGAGCGGAUAAACGCGUCAACGAAUGGAAGGCGCCUGGCAAGAAGACAAUCGUGAAGUGUGCGGUAAAUCAACGUCAAGUGGUGAUUGCUCUCACUGGCGGAGAACUCGUUUACUUUGAAAUGGAUCCUACUGGCCAAUUGAACGAAUACACGGAAAGGAAAAAGAUGCCAUCGGAAGUAAUGUGUAUGGCACUCGGAAACGUUGCCAUUGGCGAACAACGUUCGUGGUUCUUGGCUGUCGGCUUGCAAGAUAAUACAGUGAGAAUAAUAUCAUUGGAUCCGUCGGACUGUCUAGCACCAAGAAGUAUGCAGUCACUACCGGCAGCCGCGGAAAGUUUGUGUAUCGUGGAAAUGGGUGCUAAAGAGACCGAUAAUUCCGAAGACUCGGCACCGCAACAAUCUAGUUUAUAUCUGAACAUAGGUUUGCAAAAUGGUGUGUUGCUCAGAAUGGUAUUAGAUCCAAUUUCAGGCGAUCUCACAGACACGAGAACUCGCUAUCUAGGGUCACGCCCGGUAAAGCUCUUUAGGAUACGAAUGCAAGGCAAUCAAGCAGUAUUGGCAAUGAGCAGCCGAUCGUGGUUAAGCUAUUAUCAUCAGAAUCGUUUUCACCUGACUCCUCUAUCCUACGAGAGUUUGGAGUUUGCCUCGGGCUUUAGCUCAGAACAAUGUCCUGAAGGUAUCGUUGCGAUCUCAACAAAUACACUAAGGAUCUUAGCGUUGGAGAAACUCGGAGCAGUGUUUAAUCAAGUGAGCUUUCCGUUGGAGUACACACCGCGGAAGUUCGCGAUACACAACGAUUCCGCACAUCUAAUGAUUAUCGAGACCGAGCAUAACGCGUAUACAGAUGAUACGAAACAGCAAAGACGACUGCAGAUGGCAGAAGAGAUGCAGGAGGCUGCUGGAGCUGAAGAAGCUGCUGUCGCUCGCGAAUUGGCGGAAGCGUUUCUAUCAGAAGAACCGAAUGAAGCGGUUUUUGGCGCUCCACGAGCCGGUCCGGGUCUGUGGGCUUCCAUGUUGAGAAUAAUGGCGCCGACUACUGGCAAGACGUUCGAAGUACACCGCUUCGAACAAAAUUUGGCUGCAUUGUGUCUUUGUCUCGUCAAGUUUACUAAUCAAGGAGAUCAGCUAUUUCUUAUUGUUGGAGUGGCUAAGGAGUUCCAACUGAAUCCUCGAGUCAGCAACGGUGGAUUUCUUUACACAUACAAAGUAAAUUCAGAAGGCACCAGCAUCGAGCUGCAGCAUAAAUCCCUACUAGACGAAGUACCUUUAGCCAUUUGUCCAUAUCAAGGCCGCGUUUUAGUCGGUGUAGGAAGAAUGCUGCGGCUUUACGAUAUGGGUAAGAAGAAGUUAUUGCGAAAGUGCGAAAACAAACACAUCCCCAAUGCCGUGGUCUCAAUCAAUGCUAUUGGUCAGCGUAUCUAUGUCAGUGAUGUGCAAGAAUCCGUGUACGCUGUGAGAUACAAGCGUCAAGAGAAUCAAUUGAUUGUUUUCGCAGACGACACGCAUCCAAGGUGGAUCACGACCACGUGCGUGUUGGAUUACGAUACCGUUGCUACCGCCGACAAAUUUGGGAACAUAGCUGUGAUACGACUGGCAUCUGGCAUUAAUGAUGAUGUGGAUGAAGAUCCAACCGGUAAUAAGGCACUGUGGGACCGCGGGUUACUGAACGGUGCGAGUCAGAAAGCGGACACAGUUGCUUGUUUUCACGUCGGUGAGACGGUAAUGUCGUUGCAAAAGGCAACUCUCAUACCCGGUGGUUCCGAGAGUUUAGUCUACACAACUCUCAGCGGCACGGUGGGCGUGCUGGUGCCGUUUACUAGUCACGAAGAUCACGAUUUUUUUCAGCAUCUGGAGAUGCAUAUGCGAUCCGAGCACCCGCCGUUGUGCGGUCGCGAUCAUUUGUCUUUCCGAUCAUAUUAUUAUCCUGUAAAAAACGUAAUUGACGGCGAUCUCUGCGAGCAGUUCAACUCGAUCGAGCCCACCAAACAAAAAAGUAUUUCCGGCGACCUCGAGAGAACACCGUCCGAAGUGUCGAAAAAACUCGAAGAUAUACGUACCCGUUAUGCGUUUUAAGUUUUCAGAUCAAAAUAUCAUCACUCUUGAAGCUUCGGUUUUUUUGUAUAUUCAUGUUUUGUCUAUUAGUUAAAAGUCUUGAGAAUUAGAUGCAAAUCUAUUGAAUCUUAUGCAUAAUAUUCAAACGCUAAUGUAUAAAUUUUCAAGUGUCAAAGAAAUAUACUUUUCCGAUUGUUAAAGAUGUUUCGUAUACAUUUAUAUCGAAGAUACGAUUUGCAUAAAAAGUCUCGAGAAAAGUUUAAUAUAUAUACAUAUUUCUUAUAUUUAAUAAGUUCAUUGAAUAUACAUACACGUAAACUUUUAAAAUGUGUAUAUGUUAGCGUUAAGAUAGAGUUGUAUAUUGAAUUUUUUUACACUGUGCAUGGCACACAGAAUAAAAAGUAUUUUAAUAGUUUCAAGAGGUAUCUGUAAGUUUUGUAUUUCUAUGACAAAUAAUAAAAGUAGUUACAAAAAAAUCUUUCGAAAAAAACAAAAAUUGAGAGAAAAUUUGAUUUAUUUUACUACGAAUAUUUUACAAGAUUAUGCGUGAAAGUUAACAUUAAUUAUGACAAAAAAAACUUGUGAAUAAAUUUUGGCGUGCGCGCAAAUUUGUAUUUUGCGAAUCUACAUAUAUAUAUAAUGAGGUAAAUCUCAUAUUUACUACAUAAUACUAUAUUAUGAAACACUUAUUGUUUUUUAUUUCAAUAAUAUUACAUAUAAUAUCAUCAAUUGUUUGCUAGUUGUCUUAUACAUUUUCACACUGAAUAUUCAUUUUAUAUU